AUGAAGACAGAAUGGGAAGCAUUGAAUGUUAAAUAUGAGGAGCGGCAACAAGAACUACGAGAAAUACAGACACAGCGCGACGAGGAAGCAACACGAGCUAGAAUAAGAUGGGAAGAAGAAAGGCUACUCGAAGUACCUAAGUCAAAGUCUUCGCCAAAAAAGACUGAGAAAGUUGCUUCUAAGCAAUCGUCAGCCAACACUAUACAGGGCAAGGUUGAGAAUAUUGUGGCACAGCGACUCACACUGCCUAAAGGUUCAAAACUAACGAAAAUUUCCAGGAAGACGCAGAUUGCUUCACUUUCGGCCGACCAAGCUCGCACAUUGCUCAUUUCUCUUUGGGAAAGAAUGCCAGCAGUGGAAAAUGUUCUGGAUGCCGAGCUGUGCGCGAUGAAAGCUGGUUCUAGUAAGGUCACAGACAGCACGGUCGACCCGUCAACUUGGACAGGUAUGUACGAUGUGGAAGCACCCAUGAUUGUCUCCGAACAAGAUUAUCACUGGUCUGGAGUAUCCACACUGGAGAUUUACCCAUCCUCGACUUCUGCACACCUAUGGGCUUCUUUCGAGUUUGGUGUACUCAAAGGCGUAAUGCGCUCACUCCACCCGGUACCCAAAUAUCUAAACUCCGAGAUAUUCUUCGAAUACCGCGGCUAUGAGGCAGGCGAAGAUACGAUGACUUUCAGUGACGACAACCGCGCGAUCGUCACUUUUCUUCCCGGUGGGUUUUUCGAGGGCAAGAUCAACACGGAAUGCUUCGGAACAUUCAGGAUAUAUGGUGCACUUAAAGUUCAAACCCCAGACGGCAAGCCGAUAAAACGUAAGAGUCUUGCGCAGCAAAAGCAAUCCGUGAAGUCGUGGAAAGCAGAUUUCAGGAGUAUCAACUACCGCAAUUACGAGAUUGCGGGCAAGGCGCGAUGGGGUGGCUGGGGCGGAGAUACCCAGGAUGAUAAGGCUUUCGAGAGUGAUACAACAGACGGACAUAAAAAGCAUGAGGAGAUCGAUCUAAACAAGUUUAUGAAGAAACCCAUGGAUGACUUAAAUGGGGAGGAUGGCUCGGAAUCGGACAGCAAUAGCGAAGAUCAAGAUCGUCAAUUCGGCUAUGAUUUCAGCGGUUUCUGA